AUGUACGAGAUUGCUCGCCAGCGCCUGCAUGUCUCUGCUGUGCCUGAUACCCUGCCUUGCCGCGAAGAUGAGUUUGCCGAAAUCUACGGCCACUUGUAUACGGCGAUCGAGGAGCGCACCAGCAUGUGCAUGUACAUAUCGGGAGUGCCGGGCACCGGCAAGACUGCGACGGUGCGCGAGGCUAUCCGCACCCUGCAGGAGAGUGCCGAGGAAGGCGAUCUCCCGCAGUUCCAGUUCGUCGAGCUGAAUGGCAUGAAGAUGACCGAGCCGCAGCAAGCAUACACGCAGCUGUGGCAGGCUAUAACGGGGAGCAAGGUGACGCCAAAGCACGCUGCACAGCUGCUCGAGUCGCAUUUCAGCACGCCCAGUCCGCGCCGCCAUGCCUACGUGGUGCUGAUGGACGAGCUGGAUCUGCUUGUGACAAAGUCGCAGUCGGUCAUGUACAAUUUCUUCGACUGGCCGCACCGCGCCCACGCCAAGCUGAUCGUCAUCGCCAUUGCCAACACCAUGGAUCUGCCGGAACGCAUGCUCCACCACAAGGUGUCGAGCCGCCUGGGGCUAACGCGCAUCAAUUUCCAGCCGUACUCGCACACCCAGCUGUUUACCAUCGUCGAGUCGAGGCUUCAGGGGUGCCAGGCGUUCGAUCCGGAUGCUGUGGAGCUGUGUGCUAGAAAGAUUAGCGCCGUGUCGGGUGAUGCAAGGCGAGCGCUGGAUGUCUGUCGGAGGGCCGUGGAGAUGGUCGAGGCCGAGUGGCGGACAUCAAGGGGCACGGAGAAGCUUGUCACCAUGAUGGUCAUCAACCGUGCGGUCAAGGAGAUGUAUGCGUCCGGUCAUGUCGCCUUUAUCCAGAAUGCUGCCACUCAGCAGAAGAUGUUUUUGGUUGCGUUGCGCGCUGCUAUCCGCAAGGCCGGAGUCCCCGAGGUGUCGUUGGGCGAUGUUGCCUAUACGCACCGCCAGCUGUGCAAGUUGCAUAACAUGGCCAUUUUGUCUGUGGACCAGGUCGCGACUGUGUGUGCGCAGCUGGGUGCCACCAGAUGUAUCCUGGCAGAGUCCAGCAUGCUUGAUGUGCACCAGAUGGUGCGCUUGGGUGUGGCAGAAGACGAUAUUACUGUGGCUCUGCGUCCCGACCCCUUGUUCCAAAGGAUUGUUGGUGCCUGA